GAAUAGAACCUAUUCUCCUUCAGUCUUCAUCCACCCUACCCUCUCUUCUUAUCAGUUAUCACAUACAUAUCCAUCCGCUCUCUAAGGGCGAAAAAGUAAAAAAAGGGAGAUGGCUUACCCAAUACUGCCUUUACUAAUUUUGAGUCUGUCCCUCUCGUGGAUUCCGGCCAAGUCAGAUGCCGCGGCCGCAGCCACCAGUUUCAUCCGGGCCAAAUGCAGAACCACUACCUACCCAUCUCUGUGUGUCGAAUCCCUUUCGACUUUCGCCGCGACCAUUCAGAGGAGCCCGAACCAGUUGGCCCAAACGGCUCUGUCCGUGAGCCUGGACAGGGCUCAGUCCACUAGAGCAUUCGUGGCUAAGCUUUCCAAAUUCAGAGGGCUGCAAGGUAGAGAGUAUGCAGCUCUGAGGGACUGCUUAGAACAGAUGGCCGACAGCGUGGACCGGCUCAGCAACUCCGUCCAGGAGAUCAAGAACUUGGGUAGGUCCCGGGGGCCGGAGCUAUUCUGGCACAUCAGCAACGCACAGACUUGGGUGAGUGCUGCGCUCACUGACGACAGCACUUGUGCGGAUGGGUUUGCCGGCCGGACCUUGAAUGGAAGGGUUAAGUCUUCCAUUAAAACCAGAAUGACCAAUGUUGCACAGGUGACCAGCAAUGCCUUGGCAUUGAUUAACCAAAUGGCUGGUGGAAACUACUAGAAAGCAGUAAAUCACUCAGCAUGCGAAGGUCUCAGGUUUAAUUUGUUUCCUCU